AUUCUGCGUUUGCUUCUCUGAGUAUAUCCGAGCUUUACUCAACCGUCCUCAUCCACUCUGGAUCCGACUCCGACUCCGACUCCGACUCCGAUUCCCGCAAAUCCAAAUCUAAACCGCCGCCGCCUCGUGAACCGGACCUUUGCUCCACAAUGCUUUACAAAGACGGAGACGAAGAAGACGAAGAUGACUCCUCUCUCCCUCCCCUCCUCAAACGUCUGCCGAAAGACUUCGGUGGCGGAGGCGGCGGUCCUAUCGACGACGACGACGACGCCGGAAAUUUGGGAACCACGAUAGGGAAAGCCGAUCGCGGACGUAACACCCGCGGUCAAACGUCGUAUUCGUUUAACCCACCGGCAGCGGCGGCGGUGAGCCCGAUGAAGGCAAUGAGAGAGAAUAUGGACGUUGAUGAUUAUGAUGAUUAUGAGAGAGAAUAUUUUUGUUAACUGAAUCUCAGGUGGAUAAGAGAAGGGAUGCUUCAGCAAACACUGCUACAAUGGAAAAAUCACACCUAAUGUCUCAGGGAUCUUCUGCAUCAAUAUUUAUCCCUCCUGAACAGGAACUGAGGUCAGACAAUAUUCCACAGGCAAGGGCAAAAGGUGGCAGUGAAAUCAGUAGUAGCACAUUGAAGAAUGAAACAAUCAGCAAGAAAAAAGCUUUUGCUUUGCAGGAUAAGCUGGUAACACAGUACCCAUUCCAUUCUUGAGGGCCUUGGAUAUAUGCCCAAUUGCCCUUUUGUCAUAUAAUGUCCUUGGAGGCAUGCAGCAGGAUUGUAGUGGAACCGUUGCAGUGGAAGCAGUCCAGGAACUUUUUGCUGGUGAUGGACAAUACAGAAAAGGUCGAAGAGCUCAAAAUGAGGUCAAUUCCCAUCCUCCUCUCUCCAUAUCCUUCUUGCUUUCCCUUUUCUUUUCCUUGUCUCUCUCUCUCUCUCUCUCUCAGAGGUUUAAGAAUUAUUUGCCAGUUUAACACGCUACAGAUGCCACUUCCUCCGAGUGUCUACCAAAGACUCACUUCAAGUUCUACACUGAUGAAUCUGGCACUGGCCCUACCUUACCACAAAAUCUGCUAUGAUGAAAUGCCGCUUCAAGAGUUGCAGGCGACACAAGAGCAGCAGACUAUUCAAAACCUUGACAGGCACACGAUUAAAGAAAGAAACAAUCAGCCAGAGCUGGGGUGCGGAUAUCCUUUAAUUCUGCGUUCAGAGUUUUUUGGAGGUGACUUGAGUCAGAAAAGUGAAAAACCAUCUAAUGCAGCAAUCAGAGAAAAUGCAGCACUUCCACCCACAACAAACAUGAAAACCAGCAAGAAGAAGAAGACCCUCAUCUCUAUGAAACAACUGAAGAUGACGGGUGGGAAGAAGAGGAUGAAGUCAUCAAGCCCAAGACUUGUGAUGGAGGGGAUGGUGGUCGAGUUUUAUUGCAAGGUGUUCCUCAGAUAUGCUUUUUCCAGCAUUGAGGAGCUAGAGAGCUAUAGUCAAGAAUACAAGAAAAGAUUAGAUGAACCUGGAGAAGGGAGAGAAAUACCAGAUGAUUUGGCUCUUUAGGUAUCAUCUCCUGGUGCAGAGAGAAUACUAAAGACUGCAGUCUUCUUACUAGGUUCCAUUGAGCAAGAGAAUUGGCAGAUGUGAAGGAGAACAGGGACCCCGACAGCAAAGCUAGACCUUUUAGUCGUAAACAGAGGGAUUGGAGAUUAAAACUGCCUUUUGACAGGCAUAGGAUGAUAAUGCUGAACCUUGAAUAAUGAAAAACACCAGAUGGCAAGUUAUAGGGAGCAAGAUGUUUAUCGACAAGGCUUUGAUUUGAAACUGAAAAUUCUGUUAUCCUUAGCAUCUUCCGCAUAUAACCCAGGUAAGCUUAAAAUAUCUUACAGAUUACUAACAGUAAUAACAAUUUGAUUACAUUGGAUCACUUUCUUUGUUCCCCACUUUAAAAUAGUUUCCUGGUGUAGCCAUUACGCUUAGUUUCUUUUGAAGAUUAUCAUUAGGUAGCUUUUCACUGUUGUCUUUUUUUUUUUUUUUGAAUUACGUCAUCUUUGGUUGUUUAAUUUGAGCAAUUGGCAUGAAGCCUUCUAUUUCCUGGCCACAUUGCAUAUUAUUGUGAAGUUUCCAACUUGUUAUUUGGUCACUUUUCUUGCAUUCUCGCAGAACUCUCAUGGACUCGUCUCUCUCUUUUAGACCUUGUAUCAUCAAAAUAAGAGUAAUCCCUUAUAUUCUUGAGCUAAAACUGUGGGUAUUUUAUAUUUUUGAA